GCUGCAAGCAGUGCAAGCAGCUCGCUUCACAGGAGUACUGGGGCGCGUGCCAAUAGCACUGCUGAAAAAAACAUCUUUCUGACAACAACGUACUGUCACCUGGACUGCAAGAGCCCUGGAACAACGUUUUCUUUAGAUAUCUUCUGCUGCUUGCAAGUCAUCACGUCUUUACUUCCUGCAAAGCUAACAAGCUCAACUGCAAAUAUGUUUUCUAAAGCCGACAGCUUCGAGUAUGAGGAGCAGGGUAUGAUACUCGAAUCUCCGGCCCCAUCAUCUCCAGACAGAGACUCCCUUGGUCAAUCUGAAGAAGACAUGGAGAUGUCUCCGACGCAAAAGCCAAGCAGCGCUGACUGCAAACGCAGGUCCAGGGGCAGAAGCACCAAGACCAUUAAGAACCCAGAGGUCUUGCAGAAGGUUAAGAAAGGUAGAAGGCAAAAGGCGAACAACAGGGAGAAGAACAGGAUGCACGCCCUCAACUCCGCACUGGACACCCUGCGACAGAUCCUGCCUUGCUUCCCCGAUGAUGCCAAGCUUACCAAAAUCGAAACCCUGCGUGUCGCCCACAACUACAUCUGGGCCCUCACAGAGACCCUCCGGCUGGGCGACUCGUUCAGCGGGGUGGCUGACUGCAUCUUCAUGGGGAAGGGCUUUCAAGACCCCAGUCUGAUGACCCCCAGCUCGGGGAUAUCCUCCGAUACCCCAUCCCCGUGGAACUGCAGCAGCUCACCUUCUUCCUCAUACACCUCUGCUUUAUCCCCCGCCAGCUCAGACAUUGACAGCAGUUGCAGUUGGCGGUCCAAACACCAGAGAUACGCUGGAGCCCAAUUACAAAACGAUUUUAGUUAAAAAGAGAUACUUUAUACACCAGAAGUACAGUUUUUAAAAAAAAAAUUACAUAUAUAAUAAUAAUAUAUCGUGCAAGAUAUGUGUCAGCUUAUAGUUGUGUGACCUUGACGAACGUGAUAUUUGACCGAAAUACUGUUAUUAUUUUUAUACGAUUCUCUAUGAUGGACUAGAUAACUUUGCUAUCUUUAAUACAGCGAUUGGUGUUUGGUUCUCUGAAAAACGUAUUGUGUUAUCUCUAGCGUCGGAAAGUUUACUAUAACAUGUAUUUUUCUGGGUAAAAAUAUAUAUUUUUACUAUGAAUGCUGUAUACUUGAAAUGCAUGACAUCUGUCGUCUUUCCCACGUGUUAGCUUCAGCAGUAGGCUGGGGGAAUUUUAAAUGUCAAAUCAAACUUUUUUUUUUUUUUUUAGUGAUGUGCACUUUGUUCGGUUUCCCAGAUUCCCACAAUGCCCUUUAUUCCCACACUUUCAGUUUCACUUGCUAUUUUGCAUUUCACCAUCUGUCUUACAUGAUUUAUAAGAAAAAGGUAUUCUGCUAUAUAUCCAGGUUAGAAGUCAUUGCAUAAUUUGUAGACUUUGUGAAGACUGAAUACAAGCGUGGAAAUGUAGUCUAAACGCCCUAUCAAAGGCAAAACGCUGAAGGAAAAUAGAAAAAAAUCGGGAAGGAGGAUUGCUUCAUGAAUCAUGCAUUAUUUAUCUCGACACUCCGGGGGAUGUGAAAUUGCUGUUCUUUAUCUGGACUAAAAUGAAUCAAAAUGCAGCAUAGAGCAUUAAAGCAACCAGCAACACCCGAGUUCACUUUUAUUUAUUAUAAUGAAAAUGUUUCGUGGAAAGAAAAAAUAUAUUUUUUGUAUAUUUCACAGAGUUUUAUUCUAGUAUGUAAUUUACUUUUUUGAAAAUAAAACGAAAACUGUCCUUGAAAGGCUUUUUCGAAUUUAUUAAUAAAAAUAUAUACUUUUCAUAAAA